UCAUUUUGUGGCUCUCAACAAUAGAACAAAUUAGCAUAUUUUCUCUCGAUCAAGAAAAUAUUACCAAUGUUGUUAAAUUUUGUCAUACUAGUGUCUCUCUUCUUUGCACCAACUUCUUGUGAAGUUGAUGGAUUCAUUUACAAUGGAUUCAAAUCAAGUAAUCUUAGCUUAGAUGGCAUUGCUAAUAUUACAUCCAAUGGUCUUUUGUCGUUAACAGAUUCCAAAACACAAGAUCAAGGCCAUGCUUUCUAUCCAAAUCCAAUUUAUUUCAAGAAUUCACCUAAUGGUAAUGCAUUUUCAUUCUCUACAACAUUUGUGUUCGCGAUAAGGUCUGAUUAUAGACCAUUGGAUGGUCAUGGACUAGUUUUUGUUAUCGCGCCACAGAGAGGAAUUCAGAAGGCUUUGGCAAACCACUAUCUUGGCCUUUUUAACUCAAGUAAUAAUGGGGAUAAAUCAAACCAUGUUGUUGGAGUUGAGUUUGAUACGAUAUAUAGCGCGGAUUUUGGUGAUAUGAAUGACAAUCAUGUUGGAAUUGAUAUAAAUGGAUUGAGGUCUGUAGCAAAUCACACAGCAGGUUAUUUUGAUGAUACUGGUUUGUUUAACAACUUUACUCUGGUUAGUGGCAAGGCAAUGCAAGUUUGGGUGGAUUAUGAUGGCAGAACUAAGCUAAUCAAUGUGACAGUAGCUCCAUUACAUAUGGAAAAACCAGUUAGUCCACUUUUGGCUUUGAAAUAUGAUCUUUCGCCGAUUCUUAAUCAGAUUAUGUAUGUUGGUUUUUCAUCAUCAACUGGUUCAGUCCCAACACAUCAUUAUAUCUUGGGAUGGAGCUUUAAGGCAAAUGGGAAAGCUCAAGAACUUUCUCAACUUCCUAGUCUUCCUCGUGUUGGGAGCAAAGGGACUUCAAGAUUUGUAACGAUUGGUUUACCGGUGAUCUCUUUGGUGUCAAUUGUUGUAGCAACCUUAGUGGUGGUUUACUAUGUAAGAAGGAAGAAGUAUGAAGAAGUUCUUGAAGAUUGGGAACGUGAGUAUAGACCUCAAAGGUUCAAUUAUAAAGAUUUGUACACUGCUACUAAAGGAUUCAGAGAAAAGGAGCUGUUGGGAGCUGGAGGAUUUGGUAAAGUUUAUAAAGGAGUGAUGCCUGUAACCAAACUUGAGAUAGCUGUAAAGAAGAUAUCUCAUGAAUCAAGACAAGGGAUGAAGGAAUUUGUUUCGGAGAUUGUAAGUAUAGGCCGUAUACAACAUAGGAAUGUAGUACCACUUUUGGGCUAUUGUAGGCGAAAAGGGGAAUUACUUUUGGUUUAUGAAUUCAUGUCUAAUGGAAGUCUAGACAAGUAUUUAUACGACCAACCAAGACUCACCCUCGAUUGGAACCAAAGAUUCAGAGUUAUUCGAGGUGUAGCAUCAGGACUAUUUUUCCUACAUGAAGAAUGUGACCAUGUAGUGGUUCAUAGGGAUAUUAAGGCUAGUAAUGUCUUGUUGGAUGGUGAACUAAAUGGCAGGCUAGGAGACUUUGGACUCGCGAGGCUAUAUGGUCAUGGGACUGAUCCUCAAUCAACUCGUGUCGUUGGUACUCUUGGUUAUCUUGCACCAGAGCAUACUAGAACUGGCAGGGCAACACCUAGUAGUGAUGUAUUUUCCUUUGGGGCUUUUUUACUUGAAGUUGCCUGUGGUAGGAGGCCGAUAGAGCCAAGACAAGCCGGCGAUGAUCUGAUUUUAGUCGAUUGGGUGUUUUCGUGCUGGAAUAGAAGUAAUAUUCUCGAGGCUGUUGAUCCAAACUUAGGCAAUGAUUUUGUUCCAGGGCAAGUGGAGUUGGUCUUAAGUCUAGGCUUGUUCUGCUCUCAUUCAGAGCCCUCAUUUAGGCCAACAAUGCGACAAAACGUGUUGUUCUUGGAUGGUGUUGUGGCCUUGCCAGAGUUAUCAGCCCUCGGUGUUUCAUCUGCUGGUCUAACAUUUGACCAUCGCGGAGGUUUUGAUGAUUUUAUCAAGUCGUAUCCAGCUUCUUCUGUUAAUGCACAUUCCCCUGCUUCAUCUGUAGCAGAAUCACUCCUUUCUGAUCCCCGAUGAUUCAUGAUGAGUUGGACAUAUCUUCUUUGGUGGAAUAUUGAUAUACUGAUCCUGGUAAAUAUAACAUGAUUUUAGUGAUUAUGUACUUUUGAUAAAUUAUCGUU